AUGAGCGCGCCACACGAGCAGACGCCGCACCUCGUCAACCUCAAGGUCCUGCGCGCCUCCCGCCCCACCCUCGCUCCUCAUCCGCCUCUUCACGGUCUCGACACGGCAGGACCGGGUGGAGAUGCGUUGCGACAGCUGGGAGAGACGGAGAAGGGCGGGAUGCUGGCGCUACCGAGCAACUUCGGCGUGAUCUACCUCGGAGAGACCUUCUCUGCCGUCCUCUCGCUCUCAAACGACCUGCCGCCCUCCCCCUCCUCGCCAGACAGCGUCGCCCACUCUGUCAGCCUCGCCGUCGAGAUACACACCGGACUGACGCCGCAAGGACCGACGGCGAAGCACUUCUUGGCGCGUGUCGAGGCGAGGACGGAGGAUGGGUCGCUCGCGCCUGGACAGUCGCUCGAUACCAUGGCUGUCCACGAGCUGAAGGAGCUCGGAGCGCAUGCGCUCGUGUGCACGGCGACGUACGGUGCGCAUGUUCUAGGCGAGGAUGGCGUCGCUCGAAUGGUCAACCGGACGUUGCGAAAGGUCUACAAGUUUCAAGUGACAAACCCGAUCUCACUCCGCACGAAAGCCCUCGCCCCGACUCCCGCCUCUCCCACCUCCUUCCUCUCUCCAACCGAACGCGCCAAGAUCUUCCUCGAAGUCCAGAUCCAGAAUCACUGCGAUUCGAGCAUGUGGUUCGAGCGAAUGCGGUUCGAGACGCUUCCCGGCUUUACGCUGGCGGAUCAGAACGACGGGUUGUACGAAGGUGCGGAGGCGCUUCUCCCGCCUGGCGGGUUGCGGCAGUUCUUGUACAUCCUGCAGGCGGGACCUGAGGUGCCGAUUGUUGCGCCGGGAGCGUCUCAGGGACUCGGACGGAUAGAUAUCGGGUGGCGGACGAGGAACGGCGAACUCGGCAGGUUGUUGAGCUCGACGCUGGGCAGGCGCGUCCCGCAGAUGCCGAAUCCUGCGGCACCAGUAGCAGCGACUGAUGCGGCAACAGUGCGUUCGGGACGGACACUGCCAGUCGGCAUGUCACCUGCUCUGCCGCCCAUCCCGAUGCAGGACGGCUCGACGGCUGCUCCCAUCCCGCCUUCCCUACCCUCAGCCGAUGGCCUCGCCUUCGACCUUACCCUCUCGUCGAUCCAGUCGACCGAAUCCGACUCGUCUUUCUGGCGAGACGAACCCUUCUCCGUCAACCUCCGCCUGACCGUCUCCUCCGUGCCUUCUCCCAACCCUCGACCACGUCGCCGGCUCCGACUAGCGGCGCAGCACGUCCAGUGGCACCCCUCUCCCCUCUCUUUACAUUCUCAAGCGCCAACGACUGUUCUGCAACCCCGCCUCGCCUCACAGCCUACCGCGACUCUCAGCCUUCCUGGCUCACUGCCCGUCUCUCAGCCCCUUAGCGCCCCACCAUCCGUCACCUCCCUACAGCAACAACAGCACCUCCGACCCUCCACAGACUCGCUCUCCCGUACCUCGCUCGACUCCAUCCGCUCUAGCGCUUCACCAGCUCCACCCCUUGCCACUUCACCCUUCGACCCUCUCCCAGUCCUGCACGGCAUCCAACUCCCCCGCUCGGUUCCGAUCCGAGCAGGUCCGCCUAUCGGUCCUCUCCCCUCUCCAGGCGUGAUGCGACUAGGCAGCGAAGUAGUCGAUUCAGGCGAGGUGGUUCUGGGAGACGAGGAGGAUGCAGAAGCGGUGAAGGAGUUCAGGGUGCGGUAUGUGCCGCUCGAGACGGGCCUGAUUAGGGUUGGAGGAUUGCGGGUGUUGUUGCUCGAGAAUGAGGAGGAUAAGGAGGGAGGGUUGGAGGUGGAAGCGGCGGGAGAGCGAGGGGAGCGGAUGGCGAGCGUCGUGUGGGAGACGGAGACGAUUGCGGAGGUGUGGGUGGAGUAG